CUGGGCUGGAGUCAACAUUACAAAAAGUAAGAUAGUUGGACAAAGCGAGAGAACAACGGGACGCUCUGCGCAGCAGGACGACUCCUACCAUCAGCGAUAGACCCUGUAUUACUAGCUGGAGAGAGGAUCUUCUGUCCAGAUGAGAGAGUGGAUGGAGUUGGAGAUGAGCUUUUCAGCAGGGGGGUUUCUCUCCGCCUCGGAUGGUUACUGCUCCACAGAGCAGCUCCAGUACUACGACAUGCUGGCUGACCCUCUGGGCUACCCCCUACAGGACCCUGACCUCCAGCUGCUCCCUUACAGCCAGCAACAGUAUAGCCCUUCCAACUUGCCCUUCUCCCUCUACGGCUCACCGUCCUCCUCCACCCCUUCCCCCUCCUCCUCCUCUUCCUCUUCGCAGCCCUGCCAUCCUUCGUACCACUACAGCCCCCACUGCCUGGAGGUGCCCUGCGAUCCCGGCCCUGACCCCCACUGCGGAGCCCUCGUCCAGGGGCUCGGAGUGGCUGGGAUUCCUGUGGGGCGGAGGUCGCGGGUGGGGCCGGGAGGGAAGAGCAGAGGUCAGGAUGAGCUGUGUGUGGUGUGUGGAGAUAAAGCGUCGGGGUAUCACUACAACGCUCUGACAUGCGAGGGAUGCAAAGGUUUCUUCAGGCGUAGCGUGACAAAAAAAGCUGUGUAUCACUGUAAGAGCGGCGGAGGCUGUGAGAUGGACAUGUACAUGAGGAGGAAGUGCCAAGACUGCAGACUGAGGAAGUGCCGUGCCGUGGGAAUGCUGGCCGAGUGCCUUCUGACGGAGGUGCAGUGCCAGUCCAAACGACUGAGGAAAGGAGGUAAAGGCAGAGGACCGGAGGAAGAAGACAGCACAGACAGCAGGAGGGUCAGCUCUACCAGCAGGCUACCUGGACAGGCUUCAUCUGUCAGUUUAACCCGAGAGCAGAAGUACAUCGUAGACAGGAUGGUGGAGGCCCAUCGACUGUACAGAGCGCAGGAGAGCAGCCACUGCAGGUUGUUUGAGUGGCCGUGUGCAGACGAAGGGGAGGGCCUGUCUAAUGUCGUCUCACCUCACCUGCAAAGACUGCUGCAGUUUGCCAGGACAGUGCCAGGUUUUGAACUCCUGGACUUUCCAGACCAGAGCUCUCUGUUGUCUGUCUCUUCAUUGGAAGUCAUGUUCUUGCUCUCAGCUCAGCAGUUCUCCAACAACCCAACAAGCCCCAGUCCAGUCUUACAGCUUUUCAGUAUGUCAACACACAACUGGCUGAGAAAUGUAGAGUCAAAGGAAAACAUCCACAACAGGACGUUGGUCAAUUCAGGAAGCAGCGAGGAUCUCCUCACACCAGUGCUCAACUUCUUCCAGAGCACGGCAGCGCUGCAGGUGACGGAGGCUGAAUACACCCUGCUCACCGCCACAGCUCUGCUCUGCUCAGACCGGGCGUCCUUGCCGGCGGCCAGUUGUGUUGAGAAAAUGCAAGAACUGAUCCUAGACCUGCUGUCUAGGAUGUGUGGGGCCCAGGCCGGAGCUGCACGAGGGGGACCACAGCGGUUUGGCCGUCUGUUGGGCAGACUGACGGAGCUACGGACCCUUCGUCACAACUACCUCCUUUUGACAAGACAGCAGUCUGGACACUGAUGGAGAUGUAAAGCAUUGCUGUCAUCUCUGGACAGCUCCAUGUUUUAACUUCAGUUUCAGGACUACAUGGCCCUGCAUGAGCUGAGAAAUUGUACAAACACUGUGUUGAAGAAUGUAACAUUUGGAAAUGCAGUUAUUUUUUUUACCCAAUAAUUAUCAGACUGUUGGAUUAACAGUCAUGUUGUUGCAAAGCUGACACACAAAUAUUCUAUUUUCUCAGCUGAGUUCAGUUCUGCAGUUAUUGCUACAUUUUAGCUUCUUCACGGGACUGAAAUGUGUUGACUGCUGCAGUUUGAGCAAAGAAAAAUGUAUACAUCUUUUUAUACCUGUUGUAUACAGCUAGCAUUUACACUUCCAGUGCUUUUCACUACGCCGAGUAUUGUUAAAGUAAAAUGAAAAUGCAGAUGCUGCGCGCUAACUGGAGUUCAUCAGUGGAAAAGAGAAUUUUCUUACUGUAAUUAGAAACCAUAGACACAUGUAUAACUCAUGGAUUCAAGCCAUCCCUUGCUCUUAAGCAUUUCAUAUUUUUCAAGUGAUAAUUAUUAAAAUUAUGAGAACUGACCUUUCAUUGAAAAAACAAACAAACAUAAAACCACAGUGAAGUAUUCCAAAAGACUUUUAAUAGAGCAUUUAUUUCCCAAAAUUAGGAAAUACUGGUUGAGACAAAGUAUUUGGUGAGUAGGUAAAAUAUGCAGGUAGUACAAGCUUAUAAAGGUGUAUUUUUCCAUCUGAUAAAAUGGGGCUCUGCAGCACUCUCAACAAUAAAUAGAAUCUUCUGGGGUAGUCAGCGGUGAAUGAUGGGGGUUGGUCUUGAGUAAAAUCAUCGAAUAUUAACCGAAAUGUGAAUUUGUCUGUUAAAAUGUUGGCUGCAUGUUUUUAAAACCUCACUCUAUUUGUUUUAAAUAAGAUUUCAUUCUCGCCUUUAACCAAUAUAGCUUUAUUUCUAUAGUUCUGUCUUCCAUAAAUAAAUUAUUUCUCUCUGUAUCAAAAAGAGAAUUCAAUAUAAAGAACAA